CCCUCGUGCAACGCGACUGGUUCUUGCAAUUCAAUUCAGCCACUAUAGUGUCGAAAAAGUACGACAAUGUUUAAUCGUUCCAGCAAUCCGAAAAAGAAUUAACAAAGGCUUUCGAAGCAACAAACCUCGCUAACUAAGAGUGUGUCUGGGCUUCGAUCGUUCGAUUCAACAAAAUUCCUAGUUGUCUGGGGCUAAACGAACCCGGAAACAACAAGACACGUCUGUAGUAGAAAACAAAAACCAAAUAUCAUCUAUUAACCGGCAGCGGACCUGGUUCAGUGUUUAGUGAACAAAACCUUUGGGCUGCGUUUAACCAAAACCAAAAUGGCCUCUGCUGAUACAGGGGAGUCAGAAGAAAUGUUGAACUACUAUCAGCUUCUAGGCGUAAAGCAAAAUGCAUCGAAUGAGGCUAUCAUACAAGCCUUCCGUCGUUUAUCGAAAGAAAAACAUCCGGACAAGAAUCUGGACGACGGUGAAAGAGCGACACGUGACUACCAAAAGCUGACGCAUGCAAAAAUUAUCCUGCUGGAUCCUGAACAACGGCGCAAGCAUGACGAAGAUUUGAUUGACAGUGGCGUUAGGAAUGAGAAAGCGCUACCACUGUACUGCAGUAUUUGUUCGAAAGAGCGCGGAAGAUAUGCACGCAGGUGUUUGAAGGGCUUCGGACACAAAAGUCCAAUUAUCGAAGAAUUUCACGCGGCCCAACAUGAGCACAAACGAAGAUAUUCACAGCAAAACAAACGCCGCGAAAAGGCUGAGUUCAUCAAAUGCCUGGAACGAGUUCUACAAGAGUUUGUGAAAAAUGAUUUCCCAAAGUUGUAUCCACUCGCAAAAGCUUCGAAUCAUCCCAACACCGCUUCAGAGCGUCAUUCAAAAAGCUAUGUUUCAAUGAGAGAGGAGACAAGUGGUAAACCGGAAGCGUCCUCCUUGUCAACGGCUUCAGAAAUAGCAAAUAUUCUAGAGGCAAGUAAAACUAGACCAUCACGAGGUCGCCAUUCAACAAACCUGUCGUCGACAAACAAAUUUCCGUUGUACGACUUAUCAUCCUUAACGGACAAGGAAUUGAGGCUAAUUCUGGAUUACUUAAGAUUGCCAUACGAGAUCUCUGCUGAUCGUGAAGUUUUAGAGAACAUGGCUAACCAAUACUGUCCCAUGGUGGUUCUGUUACCAAAUUCGGACAAUCAAUCGAUAAAUCAAAGUCGAGAAUGCGGACGGUGUUCGAGUCAGCUUUGGUAUAUACAAUUCUACUUUCCGAGACUAACAUCGUCGGUCUGUUUCUCCUGCAAUAAAAUCUGUUGCGGUGAUUGCCUGAUGAAAACCAACUGGAAAAUUCCGUUUUCUGGUUCGUUCGACUUGAGAACAAUUUGUUCAGAAUGCUUUAGAAUAUUAAAGAUCAACGAAUCUCAGAGUUGGUUGGAACGAGGAAUUGCUUUACUCGAAUCUGACCAGAACAGGACAGAAACCGUACUUGCUAUGUACAGGAUUUCAGACACAGUGCGACCAUCAGACGUUGCCAUAAUCCAACAAGCCAAGUUGCUAAAUCAGCGGAAACAAUACAUCAGGUUGGCUGAAUUUGGAAAAGAUAUUCUGGUUAGCGAAAGUAUGUUUACGAAAGACAAUUGCACCGUCCUUUUAUUCUUCGUCGCAGACAGUCAGUUGCAUGUUGCCAGCGCAAUGCCAGACACAGAUUUGAUGAACAAAGUCGAAUUAUAUGAAGACACUAUUGCCUGGAUUGAACGCUUCGAUAGUCUUGUUGAUGAAAAAACUCACAAUUUAAAACUUAGGGCAAUCAAAAUGAGGUCGGUUCUUCUUCGCAAACGCGAUGAAAUCAUUAAGAAAAAAGUGGCCAUGGUAUUUUCGCAGCUUAUCCAAGCCAUUAGAGAGGGUUCGUUUUUUAAGGCGCUUCUUGCGAUAGAAGAAAAAGAUGAAAACAGCGACGAAGUUAUGCAUUUGUGCUGGCAGCAGUUGUUGAAGGAAUCGAAUGAAAACUACAACGAAUACAGUCGACUAAUUUUGCGAUUCUUAAAAGCUACUGCCCUGCACGAACAAGGUAAUUCGACGGCUGCCAUCAAUGAAGUGGCUGAUGUGUUUUGGAGUGGUUAUGAACUCUUCCAGUCCAAUUACCGCAGUAUACCUAUCAUCGACUACGUCGUGAAGUUUACUGUAAAGUUGAUUAUGGAUCAAGCAAGUUUGCCUCUCGGAGAUGUCGCCGGAAUAAAAGUUUCAAAUUUUCUAUCGACCCUUCAAUUAACAGAACAGGACCUCAUUAAUCCACCUGACAUAGAUGACCGCAAAUGGAAAAACCUCACCGUAGAGGGUUGUGAUAUGAAAAUGUUCCUGAAAUACGAAAAGGCGGUGAAGACACUUGUUGAGAAAAAGAAGUGGACGCCACUAGACGCUGCCUUUGCCUAUUACGACUUGAUAACCAGUUGCAAACACCCAGCUCAGCUGUUGUUAACCAUCAUAACGUCUGCCCAGUGGUUUGCGCGUCAAAUCUCAUGCUCGAAUUCCAGCGAGUCGUGCCUGUUCGCUUGCAAGAAGAUGAUCACGAAACUAACAAAUCUGGCAGCAGCGCUGGCCUUCGAAUUCUCAACGCAACCAUACAUGAGGUAUUACGUUGCAAAGAUGGUGGUCGCGUUGCAGUUCUACUCGUCUUUGAAGACUGGACACGAGGGCCAGGAGACAGCAAAUUUCAUUGGGGUGAACAUGAAGUGGCUCGUGGCUGCGGGUCGCAAUUGCCCUUUGCAUAAAAUGCCAAUGGUGACACCCACAGAGGCCGUGCUUAUGAAUAUCAUUUCCACCAAACUUCAUUGCGAGUAUCUCCUCAAGCUUCAAGAUGAUAUUCCUGCCAAGUUCCGUCCGAUGUCUGAAGCUAUAUUGCGCUAUCAAAAUUACGAAAACUGGUGGUUUAAACGAGGUGAAAUUGUGGAUCCAACGAACGGGGGAUUGCGUUUGACUUGCAUGUCCGAACUGCUUGCCGAGAAGAAAUGGUCAUGGGAUAAGGUUCAACAUCGCCUCAUAUCAAAUAUGAUUGCUCGUGACAGGAAUGGCUGUCAAAUUGUUAACGGAAGGCUAAUGGAUUCUAUCGCGACAAGCAACAUCAAGCAGAUUGUUGGUUUGGAAAUCGAUAAGAAAGAUUUUGGCAUCAAAGUUCUCGUUGAGCAAUCUUCUCCAAGGAAGAGUCGAAUGCCGGCGCUUCUCAGCUGGGGAGACAUCGCAGGUGGAUUAUCCUUUAGGCAGCCAGGGGCGUUCUUCAGUUUGGAAGCCAUCGAUCCACAAGAAACACCGUAUCACCCCUUUAACAAGUUGAUCUAUCACCCAGAACAGCUGGAUGGAACGGAAAUGCUGUUUACGAUGUUACACACAGAUUAUCUGCUGAAGCAGUUCAGCAUGGGUCAUGAAAUUCAAUCCUACCCACCCUUUCAACUCCGACCCGCCACGGAGGGUCUUCUCAAAGAUCUUCCCAAUGAUUUAAAAGAAGUCUUGCGCUCGAUUCCUAGCCGUGGUGCCUCGCGCCAUCGCGUUCAUCGAUUGUGGAUACAAGCUGACACAAUGGAAUACGACGUUCAAGAGACAGACGACACAAUACGCUGGCUGUUUGGAAAAGUCAAGAUUACCGUCCGCUGCAUGCCCAUGUUUCAUGGCGAAGACGGAGAACUGAAAGAUCUCGACACCAAUGGCCCUGAUCCUGAUAGCCCAGAAGGUCGUUUCGUUGAGGAUUUUACGAAGAAUUACAAGAAAAUCGGGAAGUAUUUUCCCGAAUUUCUUCGUCUAAAAGAACUUUGUAAAGUUCAGUGGUUGGGGACAUUUCUCGAACGCUUUAAAGACGGCAUGGAAGAACAAAAGAAACGAAUUGAAAGUGGAAAACAGGAUUCGGAGAUUCGGCACAUCCAAGCGUCGGCAGUCCAGGAGGCAGAAACUAGCAUUGCGAGUAAUCUUGAUAAAGCAAGAAAUGACAUAAAACGGCAGGUUUCGUACAUCAAUGACAACGUAGUAAGUCAAGUUCAUCGGCAAGGUCGCAUUACAGCAUCGUAUAGCCAAAUUUCCAAUUGGCUAUACACUGGCGAUUCGCGUGAAAUUGCGAGGAAAAUUGCUCGAGAAAAUGCUCCUAGUCUAAACGAGAUCCGAGAAAAAAUCGUGCAGCAGCAGAAGAAAAACCUGCGAAAAUUCACGAGCACGAUAGCGGAUCUGAGAAGAACCGCAGAGAAAUUUCCCUCGCCCAGCAACAAAUGCAAGUGGAUACCCGCAGUCAACCACAGACAAGAUGAAGACGCGUUUACUCGAUUUCAUUAUGGUGGCGUGUCUCUAACACCAAAAGCUGUGAAGACAAAUCUUUCCAUAUCUAGACUCUCCUCGGGAAUCAGCAAGGUAGCCCUGAAAGGCAGCAGGUUGUUAAAGUACGUGACGAAAAAGCAACUACCUCUGCAAGCAUUCAACCCUCCUACAGUCAAUGCUACAAAACCGUCGACUAAAAUACAACGGUCCUCGGCUACUGGAAUGAAACACACCACUGCAAACACUCGAAAUUCUCAAGCAUCAGGAAAAGGUGGAACAGGCGGUAGCUCUGGUGGAGGUAGUGCUGGCGGUGGGGGAAACGGUAGAAACGGAUCGGUAGAAAGCGAGGGAAGCGAAGGUGGGAAUAGCGAGGAUGGAGGUGGGGAAAGUGAAGGAGGUGGGGAAAGUGAAGGAGGUGAGAAUAGUGAGAAUAGAAGUGGGGGAAACUGGGCCGGUGGAAAUAGUGGGGGUAGAAGUAGGGGAAGGGGAAGGGGCAGAGGAAGGGGAGGAAAUAGUCGGGGUGGACGUGGGAAAGGCAAAAGAGGUUGGACUAGUAGGGAUGAAGGUAGAAAAAGUGGAGGAGGUGGAAAUAACCAGAGUGGAGGUGGAAAAAGUGGGGGUGGAAGUCGGAAAAGCGGAGGUGGGAAUAAUGGGGGUGAAGGUGGGAAAAGUGAAGGUGGUUGGAAUAGUGGGGGUGAAGGUGAAAAAAGUGGAGAAGUUUGGAAUUAUGGGGAUGGACAUGGGGGAAGUGGAAAUAGUGUGGGUAGUGGUAGGAAAAGUGGAAAUAGUUGGGGUGAAGGUCGGGGAAAAUGUGGGAAUAGUGGGAGUGGAGGUGCAAGAGAUAGAGAAGAAGGGAACAGUGUGGGCGGAAGUGGAAAAGGCGGAAGAAGCGAAGGAGGUGGGAAUAGUGGGGGAGGAGGUGGAAAAAGCGGAGGAGGUGGAAGAAGCAGAGGCGGGAGAAGCGGAGGAGGUGGAAGCGGAGGAGGUGGGAAUAGUGCGGAUGGAGAUGGGGGAGGUGGAGGUGUGAAUAGUGGGGAUGAAGGUGAAAAAAGCAUAGGAGGUGGGAUAACAUUGGUAGAGAUAGAAAACGUGGAGGAGGUGGGAAUAGUGGAAGAAGGAAAAGCAGAGGAGGUGGAAAAAGUGGGGACGGAGAUGGGGAAAGUGAAGGAGAUGGGAAAAGUGCGAACGAAGAUGGGGCAAGUGGAUAAAGUGGAAAAAAUAGGGAUGAAAGUGAGGGAAGUGGAGAUGGAAACAGAGGAGGUGGAGGUGAGAGAGGCGGUGGGGAAGGUAUUAACCCAGGUGGAUGUAGUGCAGGCAGUGGGGGAAACAGUAGAAAAAAAGUGAAGCAGCGAAGAUAAAAGACCAACCAAGAUGGAAUUUUAUCGGAAAAGUAUUAAAGACAAAAUAAUCAUGUAAACAGCCCGAUAGUAAAUAGUUACAGUUAUAGUUUAAGACAGUUACGGAAAAACUGUCAAAGAAGUUUUAACGGUUUUGUAAUUUUAGAGAAUAUAAAAUGUAUUCUCAGAACACAAAAACGUUUUCUAGUUAUACUAUUUUAAAACAAACCACGCUGAAAAAAAAACUUUUAUACGAUAGCAUUAAAAUGUAGUUAAUAAAUAGAUCUUUAAGUUACAGGCAAAAUAAGAUGUCAUUAAAAUGUAGUGAUAAAUGGAUCUUUAAAUUACAGCUUAGUGUGUCAAUACC